AUGCCUCGUGCGAAGGGGACAAAAGUUGCGAAACCAAAAGGUGCGAAACCAAAAGGUGCGAAACCAAAAGAUUACCUGAAUGAGUUUCCGCACUCAAUCAAAGCUGGGGAAUCAAGAAUCAAUGGUGUAGUUGAUUUUGGAGUAUUCUGGGAACGACAAUAUAAAAGACAAUGCAUUGUUAAAAAUGAAAUGGAAACUCAGAUCGGGAUACUAAAGGAAAGACUAUCGUUUUAUCAAGUAGACGCUCAAAGAAUUGCGACAGAUAGCUCAAAUGAAAAUGAAGUUCCGAACGGUCUUUACCCUGGCCCAUCGGAUUCUCGAGUCGUCCAGACUUUGGAUAACCCCAGCGAGAAGAGGAAAAUCAGCGAAGUGGAUACAAUCCCUGACGAUAACAAUUGGAUGGGAACUGAUGUGUUGUCUUUGGAGUAUAGUCAAAAUCAUAUUUCUGAGGACCGUCGAUUUCUUCAACUCAACCCCACUCCUGCUAAAUGCCGGGAGCUCUUAGAGUUGAGCUGGAAAGCAUUGUCUUAUUAUAUUGCCAGAUACACCGAUUCCAAAGGAGCAAAGUACCAUAGCAAAGAAACUAAGUAUUUGAUGUUUCUUGCGAAUAAGAUCAUCGAAAGCAUCAAGACUUGUGUCGAAAUUUCAGUGGAGCAGUAUGGAACCAUCGCUGGAAGAGAGUUUCUGAUUGAGACUAUCCUUACGUAUUCCUUAUGCUCUUUCUUCAAUGAAGGCUUGACUGAAUUGCAAAAUCUUUGCGUUGGAAGUGAUGAAGUUACGAUGAUUGGUUUCAUUACCAAGCUGUUAAUUGGAAUUCUUCGAAGCAUCGAUUGGCGGUCAAAUAAUGGCUUACAUAAGCAAAUUUUCGAAGAAAUUUUGAUUUAUAUAACAUACAAAGUAUUAGAUACGAGAUCCCAAUAUAGUAAUGAUAAUAUGAAGAUAUAA